GGAUUCCAUGGGUUUUUUCUCCUGUUGGCUUCGGAGCUAGUUUAGCAGUGGGAUAUUGUAAGCUGAGACAAAGUGGGUGUAGCAGCUACAGUGGGACGUCUCAGGAGAUGACAUUUAUUUAAUCUGCAAAACAAAACCUAGCAUUAACCCCCCUCUGCUGUGUUUCUGUGUGGUUGUGCUAGUCCUAGGCUGUCAGCUAUUGUUUGAAGGGAUUUCUAGUGUAGGAUUAUGAGAAUGAAGAGUUCAGAGGACCAUGUUUAGGAAGUGAGCAACGGCGAUGGAAGGGAAAGGCCCAUACCGCAUCUAUGAUCCAGGUGGGAGUGAGGUCAAGGCCAGAGAGGAGGCCGGAGGGGGAGGCAGCUAUCGACAGCUACUGGAGGAGAACAGCAUACUGAGGGAGAGGAUGAAGGGACUUAAGAGCUUAGGAGAUUUGCUGGAAGAGUCUCAGUCGGAGGCAUCGAAGCUUCGGCAGCGAGUGGAGGAACUUGUGAGAGAUAACGAAGCCCUGAAGUCCUCCAGCUUCGCUGCCAGUCUGUGUACGGGAGGGGCGGUCCAGACCGAGACACCGAGUAGGUUCCAGAGACUUGAUGGUAAACCCUGUUUACACACGACUGCAGAGCAGAAGGAGGAGCAGACAAACUGUUUAGGGAAGACCUUGCAGCCUGAGAAGCCCAAUGUUAUUGAAUCAGUUACUGUGUGGACACUGCAUGUACUAGGGGGCUACAUAUAUACUUUCUGGUCUUUCCAGGAGGUCUUAUCAGAGUUUGACAAAGGGAAUAUGGAGGGGAAGACUCCAAAUGCCUUGACAGCGGGCUCAGUGACGGGAGUCAUCCCUCCCCUGCCUCAGGAGAACAUCGAGCUAGUGAGCCAGCUGAAGAGACUAGAGAGCUCCUUCAGCAUAUUCGCAGAGGAGUCCAACCCGAACCAGCUGUUGGCUCACCUCGGCCGCAUGGCUGUGGAGUUUCACCAUCUCUCCUCAAAGGUCCAAAAGAAUGAACAGAGGACCUCCCUUCUACAGACUCUCUGUGAGCAGCUCAGACAGGAAAACAAUGACCUUCGAAAGAAAAUGGAGGAUGACCAUCAUAUUAGGAAUCAAGACUUGGAACACCUGAGACUGGAGAACCAGAAACUUAAGGAGCUCGUCACAGGAGAAGCAUCAGCCGCAGGAGGAGCAGCAGCAGUAGCAGCAUCAUCAUCUGCUGUAACAUCUGAUACUGAAGCUCCAGAGGCCAAAGAGGAGCCGGUGAAGGAGGAAUCUGCUGCGGUGCGGUCUAAGAUGGAGGCUGUCACACCACAGAAGAGUGGAAAAGCCACAGAGAAAACCCCGACUAAACCUUGUGAUGUCGAGGUGUACGAAAAGAAGAUCAAGCUUUUGGAGAAGCAGAGAAAGGAUGUACUGGAGGUGAACAAGCAGUGGGACAUUCAGUGGAACUCCAUGAAGUCACAGUUUGAGCAGAAGAUCACAGAUCUCAGACAACGGCUGGCGGAGUCCCAGAAAACUGUGCUUGAGCUGGAGGCCGAGCGAGAGCAGAGGCAGCGCGACUAUGACAAGAAGCUGCUGCUGGCCAAGUCCAAGAUAGAAAACGUACAGGGUGAAAAGGAAUGUCUCAACUCCGAGACCACUGAGCUGAAGCAGAAGGUUCGCUACCUGCAGGAUCAGCUGCUGCCCCUCAGCAAACAGAGAGAGUACCAGGAGAAGGAGAUCCAGCGUCUCAAUCGGGCUCUAGAGGAGGCCUUAAACCUUAAAACCCCUUCGUCCUCUCAACAACCACCUGGCCAGGCUAACUUUGCAGACCCAGCCAAUAACCUGAAGAAACAAGAACUGCUCACUCAAAUUGCUGUACUAAAAGAGCAGGUGAAGAUCUUUGAAGAAGACUUCAGAAAAGAGAGGAGUGACAGAGAGCGAAUGAAUGAGGAAAAAGAGGAUCUGAGGCGACAAGUUGAGAGACUCCAGGGUCAGAUUACGAAUUUGACCAAUCAGCUUCAUCAGGCACAGAAUGAGUGUCAGAGAGAACGCACAGAGAGAUGUAAGCUGGAGAGACUGCAGAUGCAUCACAAACAGGGGCAGCAGCAGAAAAGACGUACCUCAGACCCCACGUCAGGCUCAGUGAACGGCCCGCUGAGCCCUCCCUACUGUGGUCCCUUUGUGCAGGUGGGACCGCAGGGCCUUGAGGGCUGGCCCAUACACUUCCCUACCCGGAUGCCCAAUGCAGCAGGCGCAGCAGCCGCAGCCGCAGCAGCACCGCCCCCUGUACGAGACUUCCAGCCUGUUACCCCGGGUUUUCCAUGGCAGUCAUCAUUCCCACAGCCCCGAGGGACCAGAGCAGUUGGAGAGAGUUCAAGACCACCACCAGAGAAUGCAGAUCAGUCAGCAGCAGCAGUCACAGCAGCAGCAGCGGCAGCAGCUUCCACAGCAGCAGCAGCAACCGCAGCAGCAACCGCAGCAAUCGCAGCAGGAUAUGGAAAAAGGGAGCGACAAAACAUCGACCCUGGAAAGCACUAAAGCAUCACCGUACCCAACUGAUUGAUCUGGGUAGUAGCAUGAAAUCAGUUUGUUUUUGAGUUGACAAGGUGUGAUUUGAUCUAUAAUUUUCCUACUGAACUGUAGAUAUCCUAUUGUAAUGUUGUUUAUACUUGCGUUUUAUAAGGCUAUUUGUGAAACACUUCGCUAUUCUGAAUGAAAUAUUAUUUGGAUCUUUUCUGUUUUGUUUUUUUCAGGAUCUGAAGUCAUUUGUUAAAUAGGUUUGAAUAAUUAUCAUUGCUCUGUUAUUUUUUUUUCAGGAAAUAUACCUAUGUGAUUGUCUCCCUGCAAAUCUGUAACAACUUGACACUUAGUUUGUUACUUGUGGGGUUACAGGAAGCCAUUCCCCAGUAAUACUACAUAUACUAAUUCCAACAAUGAAUGAUUAUAUAGGUACAUUGAAUCAUAGAAUUAACGACGUGAAUGUUGAUUGAUUUAUGAAGAUUUCUUCAGUACCAUCGAUGUAAUAGAACUGUCCCUUAUAUGUGUAACUGUUCAAAAGUGGUUGUUGAAAUACAAAUAUUUGGGGGAAAUUAAUUUUUGAUCUUAUCAUACCAAAAAACAUGAUUGUGAUUCUUGAUAAUUUAUUUAUAACUCUGUUUUGAUAUUUGCAUUGACUAAGUGUAAAUCAUUGUCUUUAGUAAUGCUGUUCUUUCUAUGUUGUUAGUGUAAUCCCAAUAUAUUGUAGCUAUUGACAUUGUAUGUUUGUAUCAAAAUACACAAUGCACAAUACAUACACAACCUUUUUUUCCCCAUGCCGAUGGACCUAAUCUCAUUAAACACAACACUUGUACUUUA